AUGGGAGACUACGGAGACGAGGAGUAUGGCGAAGAAGAACAGCCUCCAUCUCAAGAAAAUCCUUGCAACCUCGUUGACUGCAUUCCAAACACGCGUUGCAUCGUCGUCAAAGGCGAGGCGAAAUGUAUUCCCGUAGAUGGGUAUAAAGAGCCCGACUGCGAAACUCCCAAGCCGAAGCCCAGUUGUGCUACUGUUCUCUGCAAGCCUCCCACCACUUGCGUUAUUCGACCAGUGGACCCAAGAUGCGCUGACGAUUGCGACGUUGAAGCCGUAUGUGUUAAUCCUGUCCCCACUCAACAGGCCGCUGCACCAAAAAAGACGUAUCCUUCGACGCCACAGACAUGCCCACCAAAUGAGCAGUACAACACAUGUGGAACCGCGUGUGAACCUUCGUGCAGCGUUCCCACACCAGAAAUCUGCACCUUACAAUGUGUUGUGGGAUGCCAAUGCAAACCUGGAUUCUACCGUAACUACCAGAAAGUCUGCGUCUCCAACUGCAACGGAAAAGAAGGAGAUGGCUGCGGAGAUAAUGAGGAGAGCAAGCGAUGUGGAACAGCCUGUGAACCUACUUGUAGCAACCCUAACCCUGUUUGCACCAAGCAAUGCGUUGUCAAUGUUUGUCAGUGUAAAAGUGGCUUCAUCCGUGAUGCGAAGAACAAAUGCAUCCCAGUGGACAAUUGCCCAAAAGGGAAUGGCAAUGAAACUCCCAAGCCGAAGCCCAGUUGUGCUACUGUUCUCUGCAAGCCUCCCACCACUUGCGUUAUUCGACCAGUGGACCCAAGAUGCGCUGACGAUUGCGACGUUGAAGCCGUAUGUGUUAACCCUGUCCCCACUCAACAGGCCGUUGCACCAAAAAAGACGUAUCCUUCGACGCCACAGACAUGCCCACCAAAUGAGCAGUACAACACAUGUGGAACCGCGUGUGAACCUUCGUGCAGCGUUCCCACACCAGAAAUCUGCACCUUACAAUGUGUUGUGGGAUGCCAAUGCAAACCUGGAUUCUACCGUAACUACCAGAAAGUCUGCGUCUCCAACUGCAACGGAAAAGAAGGAGCUGGCUGCGGAGAUAAUGAGGAGAGCAAGCGAUGUGGAACAGCCUGCGAGCCUACUUGUAGCAACCCUAACCCUGUUUGCACCAAGCAGUGCGUUGUCAAUGUUUGUCAGUGUAAAAAUGGCUUCAUCCGUGAUGCGGAGAACAAAUGCAUCCCAGUGGACAAUUGCCCAAAAGAUCGUAUCAAACUCUGCUCGGAGAUGAACUGCCCGCCGGGAACUGUUUGCGAACUGGGCAGAGUGAUUUGUCCAUUUGUACCACCAUGUUUCACGCGUCCAACCCAAUGUGGUCCGAGUGCCACCGGAGAAUCCUCGAUCACUUGUGCCAACGUUCGAUGUCGCGGUGGGACCGUGUGCAAGAUGGUUGACGUUGUUUGCAAGAAAGCUCCCUGCCCUCAAAGACCGCAGUGUGUGCCUGAUGAGCCGUUCAACCCAUGCGCUGCUACGACCUGUCCGGUCGGAUCCGAAUGUCGAGUGAAACAAGUACAAUGCAUCAGGGCGCCUUGUAAUCCAAUAGCUGAGUGUUACACUCCCCCUCAAAGUGGACAAUGUGGCAAAUUUGAGACCUAUAGGAGUUGUGCAAGUCAUUGUGAGCCAUCGUGCACAAACAAAUCUCCGAUUUGCAUUCUCUCAUGUGCUCCACCAAAGUGCCAGUGCACUCAAGGAUUCUUCCGAAAUGCCAGCGGCGAAUGUGUCACUGAAGCUGAAUGCGACGAGGUGACUUGCGAAAACGUUCGCUGUCGUUCCGAGACCGAAUGCCAGAUGGUGAUCACUAGUGGAUGUGCUCUUACCGGAUAUUGCUCGGCGCAACCCGAAUGUGUCCUGAAGAAUCUGAUUAACACCUGCGCUAGCGUAUUAUGCGAACCGCAGUACGACUGUAAACUCAUGCAAACUAAUUGUUCCUCAUCACCGUGCAAUCCUGUCCCUCGAUGUUUACCAAGAAAUGUCUUGUAUAAAACAACGACUUCGCCUAUCGAGCGUGAUCCUGACAAUAGACAAACAACAGCUGCGGAUUAUGUUUACCCAGAAGAAGAUUGUGGAACGAAUGAAGAGUACAACGAGUGCAUCCCGAGUUGUCAGAUUACAUGCAGAGGUCGAAAAGAGUGCUCAUUCGAAUUUACUGCCAAUCACUGCGUUGGAGGUUGUGUGUGUCAAGAGGGUUACCGACGUAACGCAUAUGGCAACUGUGUGAAGCCGAAAUACUGUUACCAAGCUCCUGGAUGUCACACCAACGAGAAAUGGACCUCAUGCGCUACGUGUGAGAAAAAGUGCAAUAAAACAACUGAUGACGAUGUUCAAGUUCUUGACGAUGAACCAGAACAGUCCACUCUGAAAAGGAGCAAAAUUGGAAGUGAUCAAAGCUCGAAUUUGGAUCCAACGCUUCCUCGUGAUGCUCUAUAA